AUGUGCAAAGAGAACGAGAGUACCCGGAUGCUCAUGAACAUUUCUGAUCUGUGGCCUAUAGUAAAGAUGGCACAGUUUAUCUAUCCACUACCAAAUGCACAAACAGCAACGGCAUAUCCAGCUGCCCAAACUGCUUAUGUUGCUGCUGCUCCUCAAGCCGCUUAUGCUACAGCUGCACCAAGAGCAGGACAGUCAGCUUAUGAUAGCUACCAGACCGCUCAUGCUGCACCUCAAUAUGCAUAUACCACACGUACCCAAGUUGCUGUCACUCCAGCUGUAACCUAUGACCAAACCAAGGCUUAUUACCAACCUACACAGGGGGUGGCAGCAGCAGCUGCUGCAGCUGCUGUAGCAUCUUAUACAGCUGCAGAGACUCAUUACCAAGCAGCUAAGCCAACAUAUACUACAAGUACAACAUAUCAAACCCAGCCACGGCAAACAGCAACACAAAAAGCUGCUCCAGUGCAAGUAACAACUACACCAGCAACCUAUGUUUAUACAGCUACCACUACCCCUGCUGCUGCUACAACAUAUGCCACACCUACCUAUGCUACUACAACCAGCUCUGGAUCUUAUUCUGUGAAAAAUACAACAAACCCUAUGGCACUGUCAAACAACUCGGAAUGGAUGACGCAGAACAGCUGGCCAGGUUAUGAUGCUGCUUUAUAUUCAGCAGCCACUUCCUAUUACCAACAGCAGCAGCAGCAGCAACAAGCCAAGACCACCACCAACUGGGGUUUCAAGAAGCAAGCCACUUUUGGGCAGAAAAUGCAGAAACAAAAACCACCACCAAAACAACCCCAGUUACAUUAUUGUGAUGUCUGUAAAAUCAGUUGUGCUGGACCACAGACAUACCGAGAACAUUUAGAAGGUCAGAAACAUAAAAAGAAAGAAGCUGCCCUGAAAGCUGGUGGUACUACUCAGCCUGUUGGUCGUGGACAGAACCAACUGCGUUGUGAAUUGUGUGAUGUAACCUGUACAGGAGCAGAUGCAUAUGCUGCACAUAUCAGAGGAUCAAAACACCAGAAGGUCUUGAAGCUGCACACAAGACUUGGAAAGCCAAUCCCUUCAACUGAUCCAGUUGUUGUGUCCCCUGGUCAGACAGCUGGUUCUACAUCUGCUGGUACUGUUACAACUACCACAACGGCUGCAGCGAAGUCUCCUACCAGCCCAACUCCAACACCAGGUGCUGCUGCUACUACAACUACUACAUCAACAGGUGGGAUGUCCUCAUCCUCUGUUGUCAAAACAUUGACCAAGCCUACAACUGCAGCUACUACUAUUGCAGGACAAAGCUCUCAAACAAUCAAGAAGGUUAUGGCCACUCCAAAAAUAACAUUUGUGGGUGGAGCGCAGUUGAAGACAACUGGAAUGAAAACAGAGGAAAUGAAAGUAGAGAAAAUGGAGGUCAAAGCAGAAACUGCUGGGACAUCUGAAGGUGAAAGUAAAACUGAUAUGGAUGAAAAACUUAACCUGCUUGGUGAGAAAGAUUUUCUUCCUGUUGGUCAUGAAUAUAUUGAAGAAGUGAAAAAUGAGACCGGGAAAACAAUUAGUUUCCAUUGUAAACUCUGUGAAUGCAAGUUUAAUGAUCCUAAUGCCAAAGAAAUGCACAUGAAAGGUCGAAGGCAUCGUUUGCAAUACAAGAAAAAAGUUGACCCUAAUCUCCAAGUAGAAGUGAAACCUAGCAUUCGUGCUCGUAAAAUUCAAGAAGAUAAAUUACGCAGACAAACUCAAAAGGAAGAAUUCUGGAGACGGCGAGAAGCAGAAGAUCGCUGGCGCGAGGAGAUGAGAAUGGAAGAGGAAAUGUACUGGGGAGAACGUCGUCAUUUUGAGGAAAUUGAAUAUUAUUCUCAGUGGCAUCGCAGGUCUGGUCAUCCAGGUGGUCCCAUGCCUCCUCCCCCAUUUCCACAGCGACCUGGUGCUAGCGGCCCUCUUGGAGUUGGUACUUCAUCACAUUUACGGAAACCAGAAUCUUCUGAUGACAGACAUGUUAUGGCUAAACAUGCUAGUAUAUAUCCAACUGAGAUAGAACUCCAGGCUGUCCAAAACAUUGUGUCCUCUUGUGAAAAAGCAUUGAAGUUUGUAUCUGACCAUUUAGCUGAAAGUGAUUUUAGUCCUAAACCAGAAGAACCAGCACCAAAAGAAAUGAAGAAAGAAAAUGUUGUAAAAGAUAGUGACAAGAAGGAUGAUGGUCCAAGAGCCUUGAAAGGAGUCAUGCGAGUUGGUGUUUUAGCUAAAGGUUUAUUAUUGCAUGGUGAUUUAAAUGUUCAUCUUGUGGUCCUCUGCUCAGAGAAACCUACCAGAACCUUGCUGGAGAGAGUUGCUGACAGUUUACCUAAGCAGUUAGCUACUGUCACAGAUGAAAAAUAUGAAUUAAGACGUUGUGUUGAGGAAGCAGCUAUCAUUGUGACAAGUGAAAAGGAGCCCAAAACCUCCUGCACGGUCACACUUACCUCCCCUGUGAUGAGAGAGACUAACCUGGCUGAAGGAGAGACAGUAAGCGUGAAAGACCCACCGGAUGUUCUGGACAGGCAGAAAUGUCUAGAUGCUCUAGCCGCACUGCGACAUGCUAAGUGGUUUCAGGCUAGAGCCACUGGUUUGCAAUCCUGUGUUGUCGUAAUUCGCAUUCUGAGAGACCUUUGUCAGAGAAUUCCUACAUGGACUCCUCUCAAUGAAUGGGCAAUGGAGUUGCUGGUUGAGAAAUGUGUAAGUAGUGGUGGGACCAGCUUGAGCCCUGGAGAUGCUCUUCGAAGAGUAUUUGAAUGUAUUGCUUCUGGAAUACUGCUACCAGGUGGACCUGGGUUGUAUGAUCCCUGUGAAAAAGAAGCUACUGAUGCGUCAGCUUCAUUAACAACGCAAGAGAGAGAAAAUAUUACUGCUUCAGCACAACAUGCUUUAAGGCUAAUUGCAUUCCGACAAAUCUACAAAGUAUUAGGUAUGGACCAGUUGCCAGCCCCACGUUUCCCCAGACCUAGGUUUAAUCCUCGCAAACGUAGACGAACUAACAGUGCCGGUGAAGGAGAAGGUGGUGGGGAAAAGAAAGACAAGAGAGAUGCUGAUAGUGAUAUGAUACUGGAAAUAUUCUUUUCCUCUUUUGUUAGUCCUUUAAAAUCAAACUGUCCUUUUAAAAAAAUUUCUUUCUGGUCUUAUUUUAAGUUCUCGCCCAUAUCUGCUUUUUUCUUCCCUUCCCUUCCCAUUUCCUUUGCAAAUAGCUUCUGCUUUUAA